AUGAAUAGUAGUUCGAGCUUAAGCUCCAAAAAGAAGAGUUGCGAAGGUUAAAUAAUAUUACCAUUUCUUCCUGAAUGGUAUUGUUACCUUUGUAGAUAGAAUAAAGUGGAAAAGCCAAUAGUUAAGGGUUAUUUAGGAAAUAAAAGAGAAAAAUAGCCUGAUAAAAUUCUAAAUUUGCAUUUAACCUGUACUCUUUUCAUACCAGAGCUGCAUCUAUACUUCUCCUCAUAUGACGGCUUCGAGGUUUUUAAUGUUUCUAAAGUAUAAACUGAGGAUUAUUAGUGUUUAAUCUGUUAAGAUAGUGGCAAUCCUAAGAAAGGAUAUUCAAUCAAAUGUCGUGAAGAAACUUGCUGCAACAAAACCCAUUUGGCAUGCAUUAAUAAAACUCGUAUAUAUAAGUAAGAAAAUGAGUAGAAACUCUUAAAAUGCUUUACUUUAUGUCGCCAACAUGCUAGAUCUAAUCCAUAGCCUUACGAAACUACAUAUGAUAAAUUAUAUACGGAAAUUUAAAAUGAAUGGAUUGUUGUUUAUAAGUAGUUAGAAGAAUAGGAAAAAAUUCGUUAGUUUUAGGAAAAAAGUAUGUUGUAAUAGCAGCAAAAAGGAAAGGGUGGUAUUAUGAAAAAGUAAAAUGCAUAAAGCAGUAAUAUCAUGAAUUCAAAAUUGAAUUAAUAGGUAAAGAUAUAAUCAGAAAUAUCUCACAAACCUAGGGCGAACAGUGGAGGGUCUAAUAUUCAUAAUACCUCAGAUCAACUACUAGAGAAUAGUUAAGGAAAUUUAUUGUCUGAAAAUUCAGGAUUGGGAAAUAUUAGCACAAUAAAUACAACAGGAGGCGAUAACUUCUAAGAUUCUAAUUAGCAGAAUUAGCAUUAUGAAAGCAGCCAAUCAAAUAAUAACAAAAAAAAGAGGGGAAGACCUUCAAAGAAAAUAGACUUUAUUAGUUCGUUUUAAUAAAAGAAUUAGUAUUCUGUAGACGGCACAUCUCAAAGUGAAGAAAAAGGUGAUAUUUAUGAUUCAACUACAAAAAAAGUAUUUACGGAGACAAGGGAAGAUAAAUCUUAUAGCAGAGAGAUAUUUCCAUUUGAUAGUUCAGCUGGAGCUAUGAAUUCCAAAAAUGAUGCCAAUCUUAGACCAGAGGGCUUUAGCUCACCUUCCAAUACAGAAAAGAAAUCUACAAAUGAAGAUAUUAAUAACAUUUAAAAAGAGAAUGAAUAUUAACGAAAUGCAUACACUAUGUUAUUUGGGUUUCCUGCUGUAAAAGAAGAAAGCUAAUCAAGCUAAGAUAAAAAUAUGAUUGUAAACUAAAAUAAAAGUGCAACUGCUAGUCAACAAGAUGAAUUAAAAAAGAAAAAUAUACUAAGUGAAGAAGAAACUGAAAAAAAUUAGUCAUAAUCAUGCCGUAGAAGCUAAAGAUAAGAAAUUUAUUUACAGAAUAAAAAAAAUGAAAAAUAACAAGUCAAUUUAAAAAGUGCUCCAUUUAGACGAGGAAGCAGCUUUGAUGCAAGUAGUUGCUUUUAAAAUAGCUCAGGAAUACUUUCUUAGAGCAUUUAUGAUAAUCCAUUUACAAAAAUUUUGAAUAGUUCACAUAAUACAGAAAGCUAAGGAAAACUAGAUCCUAUCAGGAGCAGCAGAAGUGCUUCUGUCCCCUGUAAUAAUAGCAGCAACUAAAAAGCAAAUGAAGUUAUCGAGAUAGAUGAAGAAGAAGAACAAUAUUUAGAAUGUGGAUACCCCAAUUAUAAUGAUGACAAAAGAUAGCAAAAUAUGGAAUAGUGGUGGUUUAAAAUUGAUUCUGAGUAUUUUACUUCUCCCUAAAACCCUUCAUAAAUUAUAUCUGAGGUUUUAUAUGAGCUAAAUGUGGAAAAUGAUUAUCUGAAAUAAGAUGUUUAACAAAUUAAUUAAAAUGCUAAAUCUAGUCAUAAAAAUAGCAAAUCUGAGAAAUAAACUUAAUUUUAUUUAUUUUAUCCUAAGCAAAUAAAAUAAGAAUAAAUUGAACACUUUUGCUCAACUCCAGUUGCUAAUUUAUAUUUAUAAUAAAUUUAACUUCUUUAAAAAAGUAAAGAAGAAGAUAAUUAAAGUUAAUCCUUUGGCUAUUAAAUGAAUAUAAGUGAUUUUGAAGAAAUAGAAAGCGAAGAUCAUCUUGAAAUUUUUGAAGAAAGUGAGAGUAUUUUAAAAAAAGAAAAAAGCAAAGAGAUAGUUUAGUCGUCUUAAAAAAAAGAAUAACAAAAUGGAAAAAAGAAGUAAUCUGCAAAGAAGCAAAAAGAUGAUUCUGUAAAAACAGCAAAGAAAAAUCGUAACAAAUAAGAUUAAAAUAGGUCAUAAACAUUCGAUUAAGAGGCUUUAAAUAAAAAUCUUAGAGACUCAACCAGUUGCAAGGAAAAUGUUGAAGAGAAUAUGUUAAUUAUAGAUUGUAAUGAUGACUGUCAAAAUAAUGAUAAUGAAGAAGAGGAGGACCAAUUUGAAAACUACACUAAAAACAAAGCAGAUAAAGAAAUGAAUAAAUAAUAAUAAAAUAAUUCACAAGCAUAUAACCCAUAAAUCUCAUUAACUGCUAAAGAGGGAUAAGAUUAAUUAAACCCAUAGUAAAGAGUCUAAAGUGAUCAAAAUAUGGAUAUUGAAAAUGAUGCUUAAAAAGAUUGCUUCCAUUAGUAAAAUAAUAAGCAAUUAGAAAAUAUACAGCCAGAAAUAAUAGAGAAAAAAGAAGAAGAAAUAGAUUUAGAAAUAAGCUAAAAUGUAAGUGAAGAGUAAUAAAAUAAAUAAAAUGAAGUUAAGAUAGAAGAACUUGAUAGCUGCAUCAAAGAAUCAACAUUAUAAGAUGAAGAAAGCAGCAUUAAAAAGGAAGAAUUUAGUGAAAAUUAAAUUAAAAUCGAAGAGAUAGAAAAACUUCCAAGCUAGUUACCUUCACAAUUCAGAUAAAAAAGCUCUUCUAUAAAAUAUAACUAAGAAGAUAAACAAAAAUACAUAAACUACUAUUAAUAAGAAUAUGUAUCUGAACCUCUACCUAUUAAGAUUGGAAAGAAAAUUAGUGCUUUGUUUCACUCUGUUAAUGGAGACGGAUAUUUAGUUGUAUAUGAUGUAAAUGAAAAUGCAGACAUUAAAAGAUCCUACACUAGAAACAAUAAGAGUGAAUAUUAAUUGUAUGGAGUUUCAAAGGAUACUGAUAAAUUAAAAGAAUUUAUUGAUGCACACAAAAUAAAUACAGCGCCAGGGAUAGAUGAAAAUAAUAGAAGAAGAGCUGUUCCAACUUCAGAUACUACUCCAUAGCUCAUGUUUUCUAAGAUUAUGCAUCUAGAUUAUGAUGCCUUACAAAUAGCUGUAAAAGAGUAGAUAGAUUUAAAUAAUAAUUUGAUUAAUUAAUAAGAUAAAGGUGAAAUUGAUUUAAUGCUUUUGAGGAAUAUAUUUUUUGAAAAAUAAUGGUGUAUGAACUAAAAAAUAUUUAUGGACUGGUAAAAAUCAGUAAAUCAAUUAAUAUAGGAGGAUAAAGAUAUCAGCUGCUUAAAAAAAUAGUCUACUGCUAUUUGGGACUUCCUUAAAUUAUCACAGAUUCAAAAAAAUAUAAUUAUUGGGUAUUCUGAUAAAGAAGAAUAUAAUACAGAAAUUUAUUUUAUGGUUAGUAGUGAAGAUGAUAAUGAAUAAGAAAAGCACAGUUAUCCUACUAAAAGGCCUAUAAAUAGUUCAAAGCAAGUUAAAGAUAUUAAUUAAUAAUAAUCUAUUGUUUAAAAAGAUGAAAUAAAAGAAAAUGAAUCUAUUUAAAAUUCUAAUCAAGAAAAUGUAAAAGAGGCAAAUGAAAAUUAAGAUUAACCUUCAUCAAAAAAUUAACAAUUAGAAUCCCAAAAAGAAGAUUCCUAAGCGCUAACUGCAUAAGAAAAUUAAGUACCAAUAAAUUAAAAUAGUGUUGAUGUUAUUUAAGUAGGAGUAGAAGAAAAUAUACAAAAUAAUACAGAAGCAGUAAUAACAGAAAAAUAUUUGUCAACAUUAGUGUAAAACUAAACACUUGAUUAAAAAUAAAUGGAAAUAGAAAAUUGCUCUGUCAGCAAAGAGUCAAUAGCUUAAUCAGAAUCAAGAAAAUGCUCAGAAAAUCAAGAAUCGCUUCUUAAUGAAAUCUUUAAUGUUGAAAGAAAUUAAGUAGGAAUGUAGGGUGAAUAACCUGAAAAUAGUUAAUAGUUAAAGGAUAACAAAUAAAAAAGAAAAAAUUCUUCUUCCAAAAUGAAUGUCUAGCCGAUUAGCAAAAAGUCAGAAGAUUUGUCUAAAACAGAAGAAAGCAACAAACCAAAAGAUUAGUAAAAUUAGUAAACUUCAGAGCAAAAAUCAAAGCUGCGUGCUAGAAAACCAUAAAAUACAAUGUAGCAGUAAACUUAAAAAUUGUCAGCUUACAUGAGGAAAAAGAAUGCAGCUUUGCUUUAAGGUGAUGCAUCAAAGUAACAAACAAAAGCAAGCACCAUUUUUGAAACAGUAAGGAAAGGAAAGGCAAAUCCUAAUAAAAGACUGAAAAAGAACUCUUAAUUUAAAUCCUAGUUAGAAACAGAUUGCAUGAUUUGCUUUAGUCAAAAAAAUACUGAUAAUAACCCAGUAGUUUAUUGCUCUGAUUGCUAGCAGUCUUUCCAUAAAAUAUGCUAUGGCAUUUAUGAAGUACCCGAAGGGAAAUUCUUUUGUGACAAAUGCAAAAUGAUAAGAUCAUUGAAGCAUAAAGAAAGAUAUUAAAAGGAUAUUCUAAUAGAAAGAUUUAGUUGUCCCUUGUGUGUGGAGACAGAUUUACCAAUAAAAUUGAUCUAUCUCAAAAAUAAUCAUGAAGCCUAGCAUAAUUUCAGAUAGUUAGACGAAGAAGGACUUGAAAAUGAAAGUGAUGAGCUUAAGUAAUAUAUAGAUUAAUCAAUUAGUUAGUUAUAAAUUGAAAAUAAACUUAAUAAUCAUGGAGAGCUGUGGAUGCAUCCUUUUUGUAUGUUCACCUUUAAUCUAGCUAAAUUCUAAGACGACAACAUUGUUUUGACUAGUACAGAUUUUCCAAACUCAUAAGCAAAUAAAGAUUCUAUUCACUCUGAUUCUUCCAUUUCAUCUGAAGAUAUAUUUAGCAAUCCUUCUUGCUAAAUUUGUUAAAAGAGUCAUGGCAUCACUGUAAAAUGCAAAGAAAGCGAAUGUAAUGAAUACUUUCACCCUUUAUGUGCUUUCUUUUAGGGACUUCAAUCGAAAGUUGCAGAGAAAGCUGUUGAGAAAUAAAAUCAAAUUAUUAGCAAAAAAUCUAAAAAAAAUAAAUAAGAUCAAAACUUAAUUGAGCUUUCAGAAUAAGGAUAACUUGAAUUUGAGAUAAAUUGUAAGAAACAUUGUACACUUUUAAGAAAAUAAGUAGUAGCUGAUGAGUAAAGUAAAUUAGAAUAGGAAGGAAACAAGACUAAUUUAUCUCUCGAAAUUAGAUAAAUUUAAGAGAAUUUAAAGCAAGACAUAGAUUUUUAUUUGAAACAAAUCUUUUACAGAAGAUUUGGUGUCAAUUAUGAAAAAAUUUGCACAUAUUUUUAUUAUUAUGAAGAUUUCCAUGAGGAAGUAUACUUAAAGAAUAACUUAAAAAUUAAAUUUUACAAUCCUCAUGACAAUGAAUAUCAAUCAAUAUAACAAAUAAAAUCAUUUUUAUAGUUUGGUCCAUUGCCUAAAAAUUAAUUAAAUAACUAGCUUCAUUGGCAAAAUUAAAACAAUACUGAAGAAAUAACAAAUUCAAAAAAUCAAGAUGAAGAAGAAGAUAUAGAGGAAAUAGAUUAUGGGGAAGAGGAGGAAUAUGACGAUGAUGACGUUAGAAAUAGUUAUAACGAUGAAGAAAUUGAUCUUGAGGAUAAAUAUUAUGAGGAUGAUCAAUAAAAGAAAGCACAAACUAGAAAAAUAGGAUAUAAAUAAAACUCUGGUGCAAAUAAAAAAGGAGAGUCUGGGCUUAAACCAAAGCAAACAACUUAUAAAAAAUAACUUAAAUAAAAAGAUUAAAAAUAAAACUCUUUACCAGCCGAUAUAGAUUAAAGUGAAUAAAUAUAAAAAUAGAACUAAUAAGAUGAAAAAGAUUAAAUGAAAAUGGAAAUUGAAGAGAAUUUACCAUUAUAAACUAGCUUGAAUAAUGAGUAGGUUAAAACUUAAGAGAAUCAAAGCAAUUAAAAAAAAUAGAAAGUACAUGAAGAGGAAAACAUAUUUGACUAAUAUGAGUUGGAAGAUGAUUUCGGAUCAUAGGAUGACUACGAUUAUGAAAAUAACUUAUAAAGUAGCAAAUCCUCACAAAAAGAGAGUGAUUCUGCAAAUAAAAAUUGA